AUUAAUAUACAAUUAAUUAUUUUUUUCAUUGUUAAUGAAAAAACAAUGUGCUCUCUAUGAAUAUAAUUUAUACCAUGUGCAUUCUGCCAAUGGGAAUGAAUUAAUAAAGAAAUAAAAUAGAAUAGAAAAUAAAAUAA